GUCAAGGCGCAGCGUCAGCUGGCAAGAGCAAACGAGGGCGAUUUCGCCGAUCCGGAGCGAUCCUGGUCGCCGCUUUGUAAUUCCAAUGAGCCGCACUCGCCUCGGGCAUUGGCAGACUUGAAAAAGGAGCUGGAGGAUACCAUCUACACGUUCCAGAUCGUCGUAGAGAAGUUCGGCAAGAAGCUCGGUUUGGUCUAUGACGACUCCGAUGGUGAGUGCCUGGUGAUAAAGAACAUCAACCCAGGAGUUCUGUACGACAGCAUCUACAAGCACGGCGCUGACAAAUGGGCUCAAAUAGAAGACCGGAUCGUCGCGAUCAACAGCGUACGUGGGAAGUCUGAGUUGCUGGAACAGGAAAUUAUGCGGUCGGAUGUGAUCCACAUUACCCUGCAGCGUCCCAAGCCCCCACGCGGCGUGCGUUACUUCUGUGUGGACCCGGGCAAUCCUACCGUCACCGUUCACGCCUACGAUUU